CUCCACUACCGGGUACUGACCAAAGAGCGGAGCUCCGCUCUAUGAUCUUUGGUGCCGACCGAGGCCCCAGUCGUGGGUUCCGUCGGCCGGCGAAGCUCCACCUCCGGAAGACGUAUGCACAUACACAUGUAUAGUCACAGGUAGACAAAAAGCUGGAGAAACUCAGCGGGUGACGUUUCGGGUCGAGACCCUUCUUCCGAUGUAUUCACAUGUUACUUGUCCCAUGCUUUGAUUUCUUCUUGUGAAAAUAACUUUAUUCCUACUGCUUGAUGUAUUGGAUUCUGAUCCAGGGCUCAUCAAAGAAGAUUUCACCACCUUUGAUCACCUGCUCUCACGGGACAUUCAGCCAUAUUUAGUUUAAUAAUUCUCCUGGGCUGUUUUGACAUGUUGUAGAAACGUGUGGCUGAUAAUCAUUGAUUUUACAUUGGACUGCCUCUGUUCUGUUAAUGAUUGAUAUAAUUCGCUUGGACACAUGAGCAAUGAAUCCAUGAGAGCCUGGAAGCAUUUUUUUCCAAAAUGGAAGUGGGCUCGCAGCUGUCAGUGGUGAGAAGCACGAAAGUUGUACUGGAUUCAGGCAUCUGCCCAGCUGAUAUCAUUAUAAAAGGGGACAAGAUUGUGGGUAUUCACACUGAGUUAACCACAGCUCCUCAUCUGUUCAAUCAACAGAUGCUAGAUGUUGGUGACCUUAUGGUGAUGCCUGGUGUGGUGGACAGUCACGUACAUGUCAACGAACCUGGACGCACUGACUGGGAAGGUUAUUGGACAGCGACGAGGGCAGCAGCAGCCGGAGGAAUAACAACACUUAUUGACAUGCCACUGAACAGCAAUCCGCCAACUACAACACUAGAAAACUUCCACACUAAACUCAACGCUGCCAGAGACAAGUGUUUUGUUGAUACUGGAUUCUGGGGAGGUGUCAUCCCAGGCAAUCAGUCUGCACUGCGCCCCAUGAUUGAGGCCGGAGUUCCAGGAUUCAAGUGUUUCCUCAUUCACAGUGGAGUGGAUGAAUUUCCUCAUGUUACUGAAGCAGAUCUGAGAAUGUCACUUGCUGAACUACACGGUACAGGCCGAGUAUUACUGUUCCACGCAGAAAUUGAGCUGACACAUGUGAACCCUCCAUUAAACAACCCCUGUGCAUAUGCAACCUUCCUCGCAACAAGACCUGAUGAGAUGGAAGUGGAAGCCAUUCGAUUGGUCAUUAAACUUUGUCUGCAGUACAGGGUUCGCUGCCAUAUUGUUCAUCUUUCCACUGCAGAAGCUUUACCCCUGAUAGACGAAGCUCGCAAAGCAGGAGCUUUGCUGACUGUCGAGACUACACCACAUUAUCUCUCACUGGCUGCUGAAGACAUACCAAACGGUGCCACGCAGUACAAGUGCUGUCCUCCAAUUCGGACAAAAAGCAAUCAAGAAAAACUAUGGUCUGCAUUGAAAGCUGGAAAGAUCGAUAUGGUGGUGUCUGAUCAUUCUCCAUGCACUGCAGAGCUCAAACUGCUAAAAUCUGGAAACUUCCUCAUGGCAUGGGGAGGGAUUUCUUCUCUGCAAUUUGGACUUCCACUGUUCUGGACCUCUGCACGGCAGCACGGAUUCACCGUACUGGACAUAGUAAACCUGAUGUGUAGAAACACAGCCAGAUUAUGUGGCAUGGAGAACAGGAAGGGUUCACUUGUCGUUGGUAAGGAUGCUGACAUUGUAAUAUGGGAUCCUGACAGGGAGUUUGAGGUGACAGAGACUUUAAUUCACCACAAAAACAAAAUGACCCCCUAUCUUGGACGCAAACUGCAUGGAGACGUUUUUGCUACAAUUGUCCGUGGGAAGAUAGUCUACAUGCAAGGAAAGUUUCCCAGCAAAGCUUUUGGAGAAUUCAUCCUGACCAAUACUACUCAAUGAAAUGGAUGAAAAUUCAAUGAAAUUCCAUUUGUUAGGUCACUUGCUCCAAAGACGCAUCUAAAAAUGUUUGUUGCUGAUAUUAAUGGGCAUGUUGACAGGAUCCCCAAAAGAUUUUACACCUUUACAUUCAAUGCAAAUUACAUGGAAAAUAGUAAAAGUGUGGCAUGUGAAGUCCUACUGGCCCUCUGCACCAGUCUUUAGUGACUUUACUUUAGUUAUAGUGCAGAAACAGUUCCUUCAGCCCAGAGUCCACGCUGACCAAGGAUUAGCCCAAUACAUUAGGAUUAUCCUACACACCAGGGGCAGUUUACAUUUUUUUUUUAACUGAAUCCUAUUAAUUAUCAAACCUGUAUGUCUUUGGAAUGUGGGAGAAAACUGGAGUACCCGGAGAAAACCCACAUGGUCACAGGGAGAACAUACAAACGCCGUACAGACAGCACCUGUAGUCAUGAUCGAAUUUGGGUCUCUGGCUCUGUAAGGCACAAACUCUAUUACUGCACCACUGUCCGCCCUAGUCAUAAAACUAUCACAUCCAAUGCACCAAAAUAUGUUCACUGUUACCCCACAUCACUUCACAAAAGAGAAUACAGAUGAAAAAAGACAGGACAGUGAUUUUAAGAUGAGGGCAGCCAUCACCUUGAAAAUUGAUCUAGACAAUUGAAAUUAACCCAGCAGAACACUCUGGUCUUGAUUACUGUACAGAAUAAAUUUCUUUCCAGCCAAUAAUCA